AUGCAUUCCAAGCAGGGCGGAUCCACAGUCCUGGCUAGCAAGCCGUCAUCCUCGUUCUCGACGGCCGCAUCAUCUUCGGCAGCAUCGGCAACGUCAGCGGGUACAUCACGCAGUGGAGGAAGCAGGCUUCUCUUUGGAGAGAUCGAUACCAGCAGUGAGCGAUCUACAGAGAGCUAUGCCUCAGUGUGUAGCUUCGUACUCUGCGACAGCAGCACCUUCCUCAAAUUCUGGCUCGAAGACAAAUGCCGGGAGCGACUGCUGCGACGCCUACCCAAGCAAGAUCUGGCGAAUUUGCGACUGACAUGUCAUGACUUCAGCGUGCGGGCUGCGCCGGCGCUGUUUGAGGAUCUGAGCAUUACCUUCAAGACGAACAUAUUCGCAAGACCUUCAAAGCUUGCGGCGCUGGACCGCCUAGGCUUCUAUGUCAAGAAACUACACUUCAACGUCCCACAUACGGCACAGUCGUUCCUCCCGCCACUGAUUGAGCCUCAGACUGGUGCCGAGCUCAGCUUUACAUACACGCCGCAAUGCGAGCCUUCAACGGCAAGACGACCAAAAUACGGCGAUCUAGAGACCACGGAGAUCCUGUCUCGACAAUACCCGCCUAUCUUCCAUGCCGCCACGAACGUUCCGGGCUUCGUCAAAGCCUUCUCUGCUUUCGUCGAUCUUCAACACCUGGCUGUAAGCUGCCCAGGCUAUGAUGCCUCGAAUCGGUACCGACGCAGCGUGGUCGACUACGCGCUGAUCUCUCUACGGAUCGCAAUCGAGAAGAAUUCACUCAAUGCUCUGGACACCUUGACGCUUUCUCCCAUCCAUGCUGGAGGGAUAAUGUACCUUUCACCACUGCUCGGAUUCGGUGCCUCGCCACGAUCAGCAAGUCGGUGGUCUAGGAUUCGACACCUCACGAUUCACUCUACCGUUCUAUCGACAGUACCUAACAGCUGGGAGCCAGACCAGUUCAAGCUGCUCCAGACCUAUCUUCGUAAUUUCCAAUCUAAUCUUGAGACCCUCAACUUUCGCUGGUUACGGAAAGGACCACUACCUGUGCAAGGCGGCUCAACGCACACCACAGCGCCUGCGCCGGUGACAGGAACGCACCCGGCACAUUCGCAAGCCGCUACUGCGCAAAAGGCAAAGAAACCACGAGCGCUGCACUUUCCAAAGAUCAAGCACAUUGAGAUCGAGAAUGUGUCAGCAUCGGCCAUGGAACUCAGUAGCUUUGUCCACAGCCAUCGACGCACGAUCGAAGAGCUCAACCUCGAAGACGUCGAACUCACAACAGGCACUUGGGAGGAAGCACUCGCACCUUUGACAAAGCGACAUCGUCGACCAUUGCCGAGAACAGAGACUGCAGUGAUCCCCAUCAUGCUUUCUCCUACUGCUGAGCUCGGCCUCUUUCCUGCACCGAUGCAGCGUCUAGAAGUGGCCAACGAAGAGGGUGGGCGGAAGAGCGUGAGGCUCUCGAAGUGGUUGCAGUCGAGGGGGAAAGCACCUUCCGCGAAGAAAGUACGGGAAGGGUUGCUUGGGUGUGAGCAGCAGCUGAGGAAGAUGCUGCGAGGCAGUGCGUUUCCUUGGCGAUGA